GGGGACGCAGCAUUAGCUUGAUUUAAUGCCUCCUGUAGAGCAAUAGUUAUUUUAACAUUCACAUAAAGAACAUGUUAAUUGUGUUUAAGAGAAAAUGCAGCGUUAUUACUUAGGACUAGAUUUAAGCACUCAAAAGUUAAAAGCCAUUAUUAUCGAUGAUUUGCUUAAAUUGGUACAUUGUGAUGAAGUGGAGUUUGACAAAGAACUAUCCGAAUUUGAUACUCAUGGAGGUGUAUUGCGGUCUAAGGAUAAUCCAGACCAUGUCGUGGCCCCAGUUUUGAUGUGGCUGAAAGCGAUUGAUUUACUUUUAGAUAAGUUGGUCAAGAGCGGCUUAGAUCUUAGUAAAAUAGUUGCUUUGUCUGGUUCAGCACAGCAACAUGGUUCUGUAUAUUGGAAAAAAGAAGCUGAGCAGUAUCUGACACAGUUAAAUUCAAAUGAAUUUCUCCAUACUCAAUUAGCAAAUUGUUUCACUAUCAUGCAAUCUCCGGUAUGGAUGGACAGUUCAACGACUAAGCAAUGUCAUGAUUUUGAGCAAGCUGUUGGUGGACCAAAGGUAUUGGCUACAAUAACUGGUUCCCGAGCAUAUGAGCGUUUCACAGCAGCUCAAAUUAAAAAAAUUUAUGAACACCUGCCAGAGGUGUAUGCUAGCACUGGGCAUAUAUCACUUAUUAGUAGUUUUGUUUGUUCUUUGUUUUGUGGAAAAAUAGUACCAAUAGAUACUUCAGAUGCAUCUGGUAUGAAUUUAUAUGAUAUUACAAAGAAACAAUGGAACCAAUUGUGUUUAAAGGCCUGUGCACCAAAUCUGAAUGAAAAGCUAAAAGAACCAGUUGAUUCAAACACAUGUAUAGGAACUGUUUCAAAUUAUUAUGUGGAACGAUUUGGAUUUAGCGCAUCAUGCAAAGUUAUAGUUUUCACGGGUGACAAUCCAUCUACAUUGGCUGGCAUGUGCUUGGAUAAUGAUUGGCUAACAAUUAGUUUAGGCACAAGUGACACUGUAUUGUUAACUGUUGAAGAACCAAAACUUCUUUUAAAUGGUCAUAUAUUGUGCAAUCCAAUUCAUGCCAAUUCAUACAUGGCAAUGCUAUGUUUUAGAAAUGGAUCUCGUUGCAGAGAGAAGAUAAGAAAUACUUGUGCAGACAGUUCAUGGGAAAUAUUUGAUAAACUUUUGAACAUGACACCCAGUGGAAAUUUUGGAAAUUUUGGUCUUUACUAUGACACACAGGAAAUCUUACCAGCUAUAAAAGGUGAAUAUCGAUAUAAUGAACAUGGAAUAAAAAUUGACAAGUUUCCAUUGAAUGAAAUAGAAAUAAGGGCUAUCAUAGAAGGUCAGUGUAUAGCAAAAAGAGUUCACGCAGAAGAUAUUGGCUAUCAAUUUUCCAAAGACACAAAAAUUCUAGCAACUGGUGGUGCUUCCAAAAAUAGAUCUAUACUUCAAGUUUUAGCUGAUGUUUUGAAUUGCCCAGUUUACAUACAGGAUGUAGUUGAUUCCGCAAUGUUGGGCGCAGCAUAUAGAGCAAAGUUUGGCUUGUAUAAAUAUGAAAAUCAACUAGAAUGUAAUUAUUUUGAUAUAAUUAAACCAGAAUCUCAACCAGUCCUUAUAUGCCAGCCUAACAAAGAGGCUGAAAGUGUGUAUAGUUCUAUGAUGAAUCGUUAUAGAAAUAUUAUUAGUGAAUUAUGUUGA